AUGUCGGGCAAAGGUUCAGGAAAAGGCGGCGGUGGCGGCGGUAAAAGUAGCGGCGGCGGUAAAAGUGGUGGUAGUAAAAGCGGCGGUGGCGGUGGUUUUGCUUCAUCUGCCAAAUCUUCGGCAAAUUCUCGUGCUAAUGCAUUCAAUCCUUCAUCUAACCAAUACAACCCAUCUACAAGUCAAGGACGAAGUGGACAAACAUCCCAUCAAUCGCAUAACCGUGCAGCAGAUAACAACAGAAUUGUUAGAGAAAGUAGAUAG